AUGGCCGCCGAGCUGCAGGGCUGCGCCGGCUCCUUGACGGCCAUGCGCUGCGAUCUCAGCCAGCUGGACCAGGUCGACGCUAUGUUCCGCACCAUCGAGCAACAGUUCGGCGGCGAGGAUGUCUUGAUCAACAAUGCCGACCUCAACUUCGGCCGCUGGCUGCUGGAUGGUUCGGCAGAGAAAUGGCGCGCCAUGCUGGACGUCAACGUGCUGGCGCUCGCGCACUGCGCUCAGCUGGCCGUCAACAACAUGGCCGCCUGCGAAGUUAGCGAGGCCCAGGUGAUCAACAUCUGCAGCCGCGCCGGACACUGCGUGGACGACUGGCCCGAUCUCCACUUCUGCACGGCGACCAAGUACGCCGUGACUGCGCUGACGGAGAGCCUGCGCCAGGAGGUGGCUGCUAAGAAGAUGCGGAUCAGGGUCGCGCAAAUCUCGCCCGGCCUUGUGAACACGGACAUUGCCAACCGCAUGUUAGCCGACAAGCAAGAGGCCUGA